AAGGACAGCAAAUGGAAGGGAAACGGGAGCGAAAAAAGCGGGAAUUGGGGACAGCGGAGGGUGUCGGGGCGCGGGAGGCGCGAGGGGCCGUCCCGUGCCCGCCGGCGCCAUCGUCCCCCGUGUCCCCACAGGCGGCGGCCAUGGCGGGUAACCGAGGCGGCAUCCCCCAUCCCCCCGCGGGGACCCCGCGCCUGGAGGCGCUGCUGGGGCGGCUCCGCAGCCUGCACCAAGCGCGUCAGGCCGCCGCGCGGGAGCUGGCGGAGGCGCGAGGCCGCGGCGAGGGGCUGCAGCGGCACCUGGAGCAGCUGGAGGAGCGUCGGGCGGCGCUGGAGGGGCUCUGGCAGCAGAAGCAGGAGGCGCUGCGGGUGGGGCGGCUGCGCAGGGAGGAGGUGGAGGCCGAAGGUCAAAGGCGCCGGGGGCUCUGCCUGAGCCGCCAGCGGGACCUGGCAGGGGCGGGGGAGGCGCAGGGUCGCCUGCGUCACCUGCGCCGGGGACACAGGCAGGACUUCUGGCGGCAGCUCGAUGACAUCAUGGAGGAGCACAAACGCCUGCGGGAGGCGCACGCCCCGGCCCAGCUGGAGGCUGAACUGGUGCGACUGGAGGAGGCGCGGGAGAAGCUGCUGAGGCAGGAGCGCCGCCUGCUGGAGGCAGAGGGACACCUGGGGCACGAAGCCUACCUGGCCGCGCGAUUGGUGGCGCAGGAGGAGGAGGGGGCGCGGCAGCGGAUGGGGGCGGAGCUCGGCCGGCGGCAGAUCAGCCUGCGCCGCAGGGAUAGGCUGGCAGAGGAGCUGGAGCAGCUGCAGCGCCCCCUGGAGGCCCCGCCCCGCCGAGGGGGGGCAGCGGGGGGGCCCUGAAGUCCCCCCCUGUC